UUAUCCAUUUUAGCACCACGCUAGGUAGUGGUUGUGGUUUGUUACACCUCUAUCAAGCUCAUCUUUUUAGUUGCCCCAUGCGCCUUACGCUAAUCUUGUUAGAGUAGAUUUUUUAUUUUUAAGCAAAAUAAAAUUAAAGGGCUAAUUGGUGGGCCUACCUUGUACUAUGGGCUUAACUAGUUUUGGGUCUAAAGCUGAGCCCACCUUGCAACACGGCUGAAUGCUAAGCGAGCUAGGAUUCUUCUGGUUUCGCUGACGGCUGACGCUGAUAUUAGUCUCUCUGAAUUUCUCUUCUAAUUUAUUGAACCUUUUGUUUUUUAGGUGAUUUUUUCAAGCGAGCCUCGUAAUCCCACUAACUAGAAAAAGUGGUUGUUAUGUUAUGGCGGGGAAGGGUGUUGGGUGUGUGGCAAAGGCAGUAGCAGAAUAUCAAUAUCCUUGGCGUGAGAAGUUGGUGAAAUAUAAGGAUGAACUUGCCAAGGGUGUGUGGGGAUACUGGGAGCUAGGGGCCUGGAAGCCACUCAGUAUCAGUGCUAGGCGUCGUGCUAGACUCCGCAAGGAAGUCCUCCUUGCUGGGGAAGAUUGGCCCUAUGAUCCUCAAAGGAAGGAGAUGAAGACCAAGAGGAAGGGCCACAAAUGUGAUAGGAUUGCCGCCGAGAAGCGUGAAAACACUGUGAAGUUGAUGGAGAAGAUGCCCCAGAUGUUGCUGGAUUACAAGAAGAGAAGGUGGCAGAAGAAGAUGAAGGAGGAAGACAAGGGAAAACUUUGAUUUUCCUCCUCCUCUAGUUUUGGCCAGGUUUAUCACAAACUUUGCCUUUAAGAAAUGGUGUAUUUACUCAUGCAAUGGUGCACCCUUUUAGGGCCUUGAUUGAUAGAUGAUUAACUUUUGUUAUGUGUUUUAAUUCAUAAUAGCCCUUUCAAAAGGCCUCGUGAUUAUAGGAGGGAAAGGGCUUACUACAAUGGAAAUUGCUGUUGUGUUGUUUUGGUUUACGGAUAUGCUUGGUACUUGUUAUGAUGGGAUUGUGUUUAGGUCAUUGGUCCCUUUGUAAUGUGUUAAUUAAUUAGAUUUUUCUUAUAUAAAGUUUCCCCUUUUUUGUUUACA